CAAAACCUAAAUUUCUCUGACGUAAACGCAACAAAAUCUAAAUUUCUCUCACCUAAACACAACAAAAUCUAAAUUUCUCUGACCUAAACACAACAAAAACUAAAAUUUCUCUGACCUAAAAACAACAAAAUCUAAAUUUCUCUGACCUAAACGCAACAGAAACUGAAAUGUAGGACAAAGGUUUUCACUGCCAGCCAGCUUGUUUGUGUCCAUGUUUGGGCUCCGCCCUCCCAGAGGUGUUUGCUCUGAUGUACGUGAGGCUUGAACUGGGUCAACACACGAGCCCCCGCACCGACCCCGACCGCCACCUCCCGCUCACCAGCUCCCGGAUGAUUCAGGAGCGAUCAAACAGAACAUCGGACUUUAAUGUGUGAGCUCCCGCUCCAGUAAACAACAGUUGCUCCCUGUACUUUGGAGUCGGAGGAGAAAGCAGCCGGGUGCGCUCCAAAACGGUCGCAGGCUGAACAUGGGGAGCGUUUGUUUGCUGCUGGUGGUGGGUGCCAUGAUGCUGGGAGCGAGUCCGAGCGGAGCAGACCGGCCCGGUCCAGGUCCUGUGUUCAUGUCUCCACCGACGGCGCACAGCGUGCUGCGGCGUCUGCGGCGCUUCAACAGCGGCCUGGAGGAAGUGCUGCAGAAGGCCAACCUGGAGCGAGAGUGUCGGGAAGAGCAGUGCUCCAUGGAGGAGGCGCGGGAAUACUUCGAGAACGACGAGAAAACCAUGGAGUUCUGGGCCGGAUACGUGGACGGCGACCAGUGCCAACCCCAGCCCUGCCAGAACGGAGGUGCGUGCACGGACGGCGUGGGCUCCUACGUCUGCUGGUGCAAGCCCAACUUCGAUGGCAAGAACUGCGAGAUCGAGGUGGACAAGCUGUGCACGGUGGACAACGGCGGCUGCUCCCACUUCUGUGAGAUGGUGGAGAACCGCGCCGUGUGCCAGUGCGCCUCCGGCUACAGGCUGGGCGCCGACAAGAAGAGCUGCGUCCCGACAGAACCUUUCAGCUGCGGCGUGGUGGGGGGGCCUCGCGUCAGGUCCUUCCUGAGCCCGCCAUCGUCCAACCGCUCCGACCUCGACUUCGUGGACUACAACUACGACUUCAACUACAACGACUACAACGUGUCGCAGCUGUACGACUACAGUCUCCAGUCCAGCGGGCAGAACCGCUCCCGGAGGUCAGUGGAGGCCACAGAGGUCACGAAGGUCGUGUACUGGGACGACGCCGGGAGGGUGGUGGACGCCAACCAGACCAACCUGGGCGGGGCCUUCUACCCCACCAGCGCCACCAUCACCGCCGAGGAGAACAGCGACCAGAGGAUCGUGGGAGGAGACGAGGCCAAGCCCGGAGAGAUCCCCUGGCAGGUGGCGCUGAUGUCCUACUCUGAGUCUCUGCAGAUGAACAAACCCUUCUGUGGCGGAUCCCUGCUCAGCGAGUCCUGGGUCAUCACCGCCGCUCACUGCCUGGUCAACGCCAUGCAGUCCAAAAAGGACUUCUUCGUCCGACUGGGGGAGCACGACUUCAUGAGCAAAGACAGCGCGGAGCGCGACUACCAGGUGGCGGAGCAGCACAUCCACCACAUGUACGGCAAGAAGUCUGCCUUCAACCACGACAUCGCGCUGCUGAAGCUGUCCAGCCCGGCGGAGCUGUCGGAGCAACGCCGGCCCGUCUGCCUGGGCCCCAGAGACUUCACCGAGAACAUCCUCCGGUCCUCCACCAACGCCCUGGUGAGCGGCUGGGGUCGCGUCAAGUUCCAGGGCCCGCAGGCCAGCAAGCUCCAGAAGCUGGAAGUGCCCUACGUGGACCGCACCUCCUGCAAGCAGCGGAGCCGCAGCCCCAUCACGCACUUCAUGUUCUGCGCCGGCUACCUGAGCCAGCAGAAGGACUCCUGCCAGGGCGACAGCGGUGGGCCGCACGCCACCAACUUCCGUGGCACGUGGUUCCUGACCGGCAUCGUGAGCUGGGGGGAGGACUGCGCCAAGGACGGCAAGUACGGCGUCUACACCCGAGUGUCUCGCUACUUCCCCUGGAUCAGCCAGAAGACUGGGAUCCAGAUCAACGGCUGAGCUUCAACGAAAUGUCAAAUAAAAUGAAACCAGCACUUUUUUUAAA